CAGUUGCUUUUCAAUUGUGACGGCAGCCGGCGUCACAUAAAUAAAUUAAUUUCUUUUAUUGUGUAUGUUUGGAUAAUUUACGCUAUUUUCUUAUAAAUAUUGUUAAUGAGUGCUUUUUGACUCUAAAACAAAAUACAAAACUCGUGAGGUAAUCACGGCGGACGCGGAUAUAAUUUAAAAAUUCUCUAACAACCAUAAGGGCGCUAUGGAUUUCCAAUUUGUACUGCCAAAUACCAAUGCUGAGCUGCUGAACUCGAGCGGUGAUAGCUACUAUGUGAAACAAAUCUAUGCGCCAAACGAGAUUGGUGAACGCUUACGCUUAUGCAAACAGAUGGUACAGCAAGGCGAUCCAUUCUACUUAUUCGAUCACUUCGACACAUACUUUACCAUAAUUGAAGGACGAGGCUCUGAUCCAGCUUCCAUUACUAAUCUUAUGCGUGCCUUUGACUUACUGUAUAUCACAGCCGAUAAGUUGGGUCAGCGUUUAGCGCCGAUUCUAUCAUGCAGCGAUACAGCACAAAGUCUAGAAGAUAGGCAAAGCUAUCUUAAUCUCACCAAAAUGGCAAUGUUCCUACAAAUCAAUACGGUGAGACGUAUUGAUAGUGUGGCGGCACAAAACCAGCAACAGCAAACGCAACAGAAGAAACGUUCGAAACAAACUGAAACGCUCGAGCAAUAUCCGGAUUGGGAUUCAAAGCGCGGACGUUUUCUGGUACAACUUUAUAAUAUUUUACAAUUUCCGCUCGAAAAACUUUGGAAUCCACCUGUAGCUGAAGAAAAUUUCGUUAAUUUAGUUUGUGAUAUAUGCUAUCGCACGCUCGAAUUGGUACAUCCGCGUUCUGAAAACCGACAUAUUACUGACACAGUAUUCCAAAUUUUAGGCACAGCCAUAAAACGCUAUAAUCACGCGCUCACAUUUCCUGUGCGAGUAUUACAAAUAUUACGCACUACAGAACAUGCUGCAGAAUCCAUUGCAAGUGGCAUUAAUCUUUUGUAUGAGGAAUAUGGUAUAAGUAGUGUUUUCUCUGUACUCAUAAAGGACAUCGUUGAAACGUUAACUGUUGAUUCUGCUGAUACAGUUGUGUCACGCAAUUUCUCCAAUUUCCUAAUGGAACUUGCUACCAUUGCACCAAAACUUAUGAUACCACAUCUCUCAACGCUCUGCGAUGAGCUUUUGAAUUGUGAAUCACACACACUACGCAAUUGUAUAUUACAAAUAAUGGGCGAUGCUAUUGUUGGUGAGUUAACAUCCGAAGAGCUUUCUGAAGAAAUGAAGGAGGCGCGUAAUGAAUUUCUUGAAAAUUUACUUGCGCACAUCAACGAUGUGUCAGCACAUGUGCGUGCCAAAGUUUUACAGAUUUGGAAUCAUAUGAAAGAAGAGAAUGCCGUGCCACUAUCUUUUCAGCUGAAAGUUUUAUGUGAAGCUGUAGAGCGCUUAGAAGAUAAAACAUCCUCUGUACGCAAACAUGCCGUACAAUUGAUUAAAUCGUUUUUGGAACGCAACCCGUUUGCGGCCAAGUUGACACUUGAAGAAUUAAUGAAAAAACAUGCAGAAGAGUGUGAAAAAAUGGAGAAAUUGAGUGAAUUACUAGCGGAAGAACGUAAAAAGGCCGAAGAAUUGGAUGAGCAAUGGAACCUAGUGAUACCAGAAAUAUUACCUUUAGUAGCUGAGAGUUUGAAGGAGUGCACAGAAGAUUUGCCAGAAAAUACACAGGAAAAUUAUGAAGAUAUGAUACAACGUAUCUCUACACUGCUGCUGGAGAAAAAAUAUCGUGAGGCUGUUGUUUUAGUACGAAAAGCCGAUCAGGUGGCGGGCAAUGCCGAGUUGAGACACACAUUAAAAAUUGAAGAACAAUGCGCUUACUAUAUGGCACUGCUGAAGUCUUAUAUAUUUCUGGCGAACGGUUGCAAAGAUAGCAACGAAGAAUUGGGAACUCAAAUAAAAACGGUGCAAUUCUUGCAAGAUUCCAUCGAAUUCUCAAAAGUCAUUACUAAAGCUGUGCCAAAAAUACAAGAGCUGUUGCUGUCCAAAACCAACUCGGAUGUUUUUGAAGCUGUCGAUCUCUUUACAACUGGCUAUAUGUUUGCUAUUAAAGGAACGGAAGGUGGCAUGCAACAAAUGUUGUACCUGGUGUGGUCAUCCGAUAAGGAAAAACGUGAUGCAGUUUCGAAUGCCUACAAAAAAGUUUUAUUUAGCACUGAUCAAACGGGAAGAGCUCACGCCAUUAAAGUAGUACAAAAUCUCAUGCGUUUUCUUGAAGAACUCGAGUAUGGUCAUUACACUGCCAUGGAGUGCUUGAUGCGUGAAUGGGUCAGCACCGAUGACAUUGACGCUGCCAUCAUACAAGUGCUCUUCGAACGCUUCACAUUGAAAUUAGAAGGUACCACCGACAAUGAAUCACGACUUGCGCUACAACUACUCAUUAUGUCUUCCAAUGCGAAGUCAUCAAUUGCAUCGGCAAACAUAAAUGUUAUAGAAACUAUCGGUUUGGGCGAACGCGCCAAAGCGGAUCCACGCAUUUACACCGGUUGCAUGGAAUUUAUGUUAAAUUCCAUCGACUCAAGCGCACAUUCUAAAUUCUAUAAACGUUACGAGCCUGAUUCAGCGCUAGUGCAAAAAGUUCUCGAUUUCUUUCAGCGUUUCUUCUUUCAUCCCGACAUAACGGACUUUGAUAGGCUAUCAAUGCGUACAUUGGAAUUCUUCUAUCAUCUAUGCCAAACGCCAGAUAUAAUUUGUCAAACAAUUGUUGUGACUUUGUUAAAAAAAUUUCGUGAUUACGCAGUAGUAUCUACCACAGAUAUAACACCGUCACAGCAAGCGCGCGCACUCGAAACGCCCUUCUCACAGGUCAUACCAGAGAGUCAGCCGACGCAGAGGAAUACGGAAGCAACGCAGGCGAGCCAACAGCGUAUGCCAGUAUUUCUGCUAACACGUUUUCUCUUCAUCAUCGGCUAUAUGACGCUGAAAGAGAUGAUUUUCCUCGAUAUUGAUGUGUAUAACAAUAUGAAAUUCAGACAAGAGCUGACAGAAUGUGAGGAGAAGAAAAAGAAGAAUGCGUUCAAUACCACGCGCCGAAAGACGGGUAAUUUGAAUAUGUCAGCAACAGAGUCACUUAAACGCUUGUCAGGCACAGCUGCAGAGCCACAACAGGAGCCCGAUGAAGAUCUUGUGGGUGCCACCGCGGAAGAUAAUAUCGCCGAGCUGAUCAAUCACAUAUGCGAGGACGUAUUGUUGUAUUCGGAAAACUCAAUGCUUGCUAAAAUAUUUCCUUACGUUAUGGAGAUUUGCAAAUAUCCUGUUAAAUAUCACGAUCAAUCACUGCAACAGGCGGCCACACUCACGCUUAUACGCUUCAUGUGCGUCUCGUCAACUUUUUGUGAUGCGAAUAUGCCAUUUCUAAUGAAUAUUUUGAAUCACACAAAGAAUAUAAAAAUCAAAUGUAACAUUGUGAUUGGUUUGUCUGACUUAACAUUUCGUUUUCCGAAUAUAAUUGAAGCUUGGACUGGUCACUUUUACUCGACAUUACACGAAAAGAAUACCGAGCUGCGUCUGACGGCGGUGAAAAUGCUCUCGCAUUUAAUUUUGCACGAAAUGAUACGUGUGAAGGGACAAAUUGCCGACCUGGCAAUGUGUAUUGUGGACGCUGAUGCGGAAAUUAAAAAUAUAACACAGCAAUUUUUCAAAGAGAUUGCCAACAAAUCAAAUAUACUCUACAACGUACUGCCGGACAUCAUUUCCAAGCUGAGUGAUACCAAUCUGAAUGUGGAAGAGGAAAAGUAUCGCACAAUAAUGCGCUACAUUUUGGGUCUUAUACAGAAGGAUCGCCAAGUGGAGACUUUGGUGGAGAAAUUGUGUUUGCGUUUCCCUGUGACACGUGAGGAGCGACAGUGGCGCGACAUUGCCUACUGUCUCAGCUUGCUCUCGUAUAAUGAGCGCACCAUCAAGAAGCUCAUCGAUAACAUACAAUAUUACAAGGAUAAAGUACAAAUAGACGAGGUAUAUCAAUCAUUCAAAUUGAUCAUAAGUAAUACUUCGAAAAUGGCAAAACCGGAAUUGAAAGCGGUCGUUGUGGAGUUGGAAACGCGCAUUAAUGAGUGUCUCGAAGUGAAUGAUGGGAAAGAGCGCGAGGAGAAAGAGGGCAGCGCUGCCGAUGGUGGCGGCGAUUCGAACACUGGCCGUGCUGGUGUGCGCAACAAACAAAGAAUGGACAAAAAAUCGGGUCGCGGCGCCACACAACGCGCAACUAGCGGACGUCGUGGCCGACGUGGCAAAUCAUCGAGUAGUGAAUCAUCAAGCAGCAGUGAAGAUGAGGCGCCCAGAAGUCAAAAGCAACAACAGGUGCGCAACAAAAUAGCGGCACGCGCUGCGCGUAAUCGUGCUGGGGAGUCUUCCUCAUCAUCAUCAGCAUCAGAAGAAGAUGAAGAAGAAGUAAGGGGUAAGGCGCAAACAGCGCGUAGCGGUCGUAAAGUAGCAUCAUCAUCAUCAGCGAAUGAAAAAAGUAGGAGUAAAGCGAGUAAUGCAUCCAAAACGCAAGCGACGUCACGCGCUGGUCCACGUAGCAAAGUAAUCGAAGAGUCUGCCAGCUCAGACGAUGGCGCGGAACAGUAUCCGCAACGUAAACGCGGACGCGGUAAUCGUAAAUAGGAAAGAAAACCCACUAACAAUUAACCCAUUACUCAAAUAUUAUUAGUAUUAACAUUUUAUAUUUAUUUUAGCUUCAAUGCUUAUGAAUUUUAAAAAUUACAAUCUAGUUGUUAAUGAAAAAUAUUGAAAGAGCUUAUAUUUUUACACACAAAUUAAAUUCAACAAGUCUUUCGUAAGGCGGAAAACGGAAAUUUUUUUAGGGAAAUACAAUAAAAAACAUUUAAGUAACACUUAAA